CCAACAUGGCACGGCGGCUAACAGUUAAAUAUACUGUUGCCACCCCCUCUUGCUCGUGCUUAGGCACCUCGACUUCCAAUAUUCGAACGGUUAUAUCCUCCAGCCCAGCCUUCGCCAUGAGUUUUUCCCUGGCGAGAACUGACAAUGUGACGCCAGAGGUCCGCCUGGCGGCUGCUAUUUCGGAAUUCGAGGCCAGCCUAGAUCCUGAGCGGAAAGUUGCGUUCCGUAACCAUCGAUUCAAGUCUUGCGAAUCGCUCCCAAGUGUCCAAGAUGUCAUGCAGAUCACGGCCGAGUUCAAUGAGAAAUCGACAUCCAAGAAGCCCGGCUCCGGAGGUUGGGGUGCUCGCUUGACGAACUUUCUCGAAGCUGUUCAGCAAUAUGCCGCAGUUGGAGAUAUAAUAGUGGGAGGGUCACAGAACAUCAUCGCGUGCGGUGUCUACUCCCUGGUGCGGUUGACGCUUCUUUCAGUUGUUGCUACGUCGGCCCGGAUUGCUGAAGUGACGACCUUCUUUAUGAAAGUUGGCCUGUCCGCUCCACGCUACGACCGCCUGGCCUUGCUCUAUCCACAGUCUAAACGAUUGGCAGCUUGCAUGUCUGAAUACUACAUUGUUGUAGUUCGAUUCUGUCAUCAGUUGGUGACUAUACAAAAGAAACCGGCAUACCUUCAGCUUGUAUCGUUCAUGGACGAUCUCUGUCUCAAAACCAUUCAGUCGAAGCUUGAAACAUCUGCCGCCUCUAUAAAGGAAGAAAUAGAGACGCUGAAGACUGAAGAGCACACAUCUCACCUGAGACAGCUGAUGAGGUCUUCGGACUCGGAGGCACAUCGCCGGAAACUGAGGGCGAACCUCCGUGUGUUGACUUUAGCCUCAACCUAUGAUUAUAAGGACUCAUGGAAGAAGCUGCGGAAAAAGGGGACGAGUACUGUGUUCAAAGGUAUGCCCGCGUACCUUGAUUGGGUGCAACAGAAAGGCCCUUCUACGCUUCUUUGCAUCGGACGCCUUGGAUCCGGUAAAUCCGUCUGCCUCGCCAGCAUGGUGGAUGAUCUCAACCUUGCUCAGCGGCCAAAAGGCAUUCCCGUGGCCUUUUUUUUCUGUCGUCAUGACAUACAUGAGAGCUUGCAGGCGGAUACAGUCCUUGCCUCGAUGGGUUGCCAGUUGUUGCGCGAGUUCGCCGACCUGAGCAACUGUUUGGCAACUAUCGGCAAGGACGAAACAACGACAACUUUGGAAAUGUCCGAUGUUUUGAGAAUGCUAGUGAAUAUUUUGCCGCCCAAUUAUGUGGCUUACUUUGUCUUGGGUGGUCUCGACGAGUGCAACAACGCUCAGAGGGACUUCAUACUAACUGUAUUGAAUAAGCUCCAAAGCAAGUUCACGCUGCUCGUCUGCUGUUCCUCAAGAUAUGGAGCAGAAACCUUCAUACGGAGAAUCUCAGAAUAUUUCCCAAACACGAGUUCUUUCACGAUCCCUGAAGAAAACCCAGAUAUCGGCUCCUUCAUCCAGUCAGAACUUGAAAGGCGCCUCCAGAGUGGACUCUUGGCGGUCGGGAGGCCUGAGAUGAUCUUGGAGAUACGACACGAGCUACUGACUCGAGCAAAAGGGAUGUUUUUGUGGGUGUCUCUUCAGAUCGAUUCUCUGUGCGCCGCAAGGACAGAUGAAGCGAUCCGCCAAGCACUGGACGAUUUGCCGGGAGACUUGCCCGACAUGUAUUUGCGAAUCCUCAAGAAAUCUGCACCAAGUUCCCCUGAGUACCAGAGACUGAUUUUUGAGCUCAUCUUGGGAGCCUGUCGCCCACUGAACACUGAUGAGCUUCGGGAAGCUUUGAGUGUCGAGCCAGGAGACGCGACUUGGGCCCCGGACCGCAUCAUCAACGAUGUGAACUCGGUCCUCGCUUGCUGCGGGAGUCUUGCAUCUGUGGACGAGGAGACAUCAACAGUGGAGCUGAUACACGGUAGCGUCAGGCAGUUUUUGGACCGCAACUUCGCUAAAUAUGACGAGCGAUACUGUUGGCUACGGCGAGAAACAGCGGCGACUAUGGCGGACAUUGUCAUCACUUACCUCAACUACAGUGUCUUCGAAUCUCAAAUUUCCACGACUUCGACCCCAAAUAUGGAAUCUGCAACAAUGCCAUCAAAGAUAAUACGUUCCAUAGAUUCAGCCAUCAUCGUUCGAAAGCUCGCCCUGCGGCUGCUCGCCAACAAGGAUUCACCGCAGUCGACUUACAAUCUGGGCAAGGUCCUGCAUGGCCUCCAAGAUAGAUCUGUCCCAGAGAAUUCGUUUCACUUCUAUGGCUACGCUAAGAAGUAUUGGUCAGAGCAUGUUUCGAGGACGACUCGUUGGAACGCUGCGGUGCAGUCGCUCCAGGACAAACUCCUCCGGCGAGAAAUCAAAGCCAUGCAGGCCGGGGACCCACGGAUACACAAGAUAUUUCGUUUCGCGGUACUCAGAAACUAUCAUACGGAAGACAUUUUCGACGCUCUGAUAGAUCUAGGUGCGGAGCCUGAGUCCCGGGCCACAGGCGGCUUCACGCCACUCAUGCUGGCCGCUGCCCACGGCAACACAGAGAUUGUCCAAAGACUUGCCGCCAUGGGUGUGAACAUCGAAACACCAUGUGCGGAAGGUCUGACACCACUAGCGAGGGCAUCAAAGAACGGCUUUUAUCUCGUUGUUGAAUUUCUCCUACAGCAUCACGCGAAACUAGAAACGCGAUGCCGCCUCGGAAGAACACCACUGGCAUGGGCGGCGUGCAACCAAGCCGACGUAGUAGACCUUAAGCGAAGACCAGACCGGGACCAUGUCAAGGUCACCAGGCUCCUGAUAAAAAGCGGAGCUGAACUUGAAGCUAAGCGUUUGGAUGGGAGAACAGUGUUGGGCGACGCGGCAACGGGAGGGAUCCCGGCCGUUGUCCGUGUGUUAGUCGAGGCGGGUGCGGAUUGGACCUCCACAGACGAGCAGGGCGUUGCGGCUCUUCUCCGGAUCGUCGAUUUCUAUAAUGAAAGGGUUCUCAGCCUAUUCAUUGAAAUGGCUGAGCCCACUCUUUUGGACACAUGGGGUGAGAGGCUUCUCCUCCGGGCAGCCGAAGAAAACUGGCCGGAGGCCGUCGACAUGCUGGUCAGGGCAGGUGUCCACAUCAAAGGCAAAGGUCAUUGUAAAGAUCCUUCGAUAUACGAAGCGACCUGAGAGGUGAAUUAGGUCAGGACGUUCACUCGGCUGGCACAACCGGACAAGGCACAUGCGCGGAGCUUUUUCAACAACUCCCAAGGCAGCCUAGCAAUGUGCCGCGUUGACGCUGUCAAAGUGUGCUCGGGCGACUGGAUAUGAUCAAUUUGGUGUGUUGGUGGUUUAUGCAGAGGGCUGCUCUAUGUAUGUUGUAUGGCAAUUCAAAUAUUGUGCCGUACCAUCGCACACGGGUCGGGUUAUGG